UCAUUUCAAGGGCGAACGACAAACGUGUUUACUUCACAAGAGCCCACGCUGAACACUUUUGCUUGAUUUAAUCCAAUAUCUUGACAUUGCAACGUCUUGGCGAUCUGAUUGCAUUGCACGAAUGUUAUGUCCAUCUUGUUGUAACUCAGUUGUAUUAGUUAGUUAUUUUUUGUGAGUAACGCUGCAUUUUAAGCAAACAUGAAGAUCAAGCGACAGAAACAGGCAAAGAAGAACAUCAGCUUCUACAAAUACAACUUCAGUUUUAGGGAACCUUUCCAAAUCCUCGUUGAUGGCACCUUUUGUCAGGCAGCUUUGAAAAACAAGAUUCAAAUCAAGGAGCAAAUGCCUAAAUACCUGAUGGGAGAAGUGCAGCUGUGUACAACUAAUUGUGCCCUCAAAGAACUGGAAACUCUGGGGAAAGAGUUGUACGGCGCUAAAAUCAUCCUGCAGAGGUACCAGGUCAGAAAGUGUGCCCAUUUCAAGGACCCUAUACCGGCCUCAGAGUGUCUGCUGUCCAUGCUGGGGAAGACCAACCCUCACCACUAUUUUGUAGCCACACAGGAUCAUACACUGACCACGAGCCUAAAGGAGAUCCCUGGUGUCCCACUGUUUUACAUCAUUCUUAACACCAUCGUUUUGGACAAACCCAGUCAGGCCUCCCUCGACUACGUCCAAAAAGUCGCACUAGGAGAGCUGGUGAGUUCGGGUCAACAGGAGAGCAUCCGCAGCCUGAAGGAGGAGCAGGGCUUGGGACAGAGAGACACAGAGAGGAGGCCAAGGAAGAGAAAACGCAAAGGCCCCAAUCCUCUGAGCUGUCUCAAGAAGAAGAAGAAAACUGAACCCACACCACAGAAAAAGACAGAGGAUGGACAGAAGAAGAAAAGAAGUCGGCAUAAAAGACGAAAAAGUAGUGGGGUUGUAUCCACUCCUGUAGUUCCUAGUCAAUGAACAGUACAAUAGAAAGACCUCAAAUGAGAGGCAUUCAUUUCAUUUUUCAAAUAUGUAUAUCUGUAAACUGAAGGUGUAACAUCAUAUCUAAACAGAACCACUAAUUCAAGGUGCACUAUGUCACUUUUCUUGUUUAGGGUCCGCCACAUACUUUCUUCCAACAGAGAUGUUAUUGCUUUGCCUAAAAUGUUCCACAGUAUGGCAUUAAACUUCAUGCUGUGAGCAAGGUUGCCUCUCCACAGGCCUGAACUGGUGGUGUGCCAGCAUGUCUCAAUGGAGAAAGGUUCAUUUUUUAGUUUUAUAAAAAUCUGUGGAUACAAAAAGGUGACUGACUCUACAAUAGAAAAGUUACAUAGUGCACCUGUCACGUCAGAUUAGGUUUUAUAAUAUUGUGAAUGAAUGAAUGUAUACAUAUUUUCAUAGCAUAAGGAACUACAUGGACCAUCAUCCCUUCCUCUAUUUUAUUGCAGCACAUGAAGAAAUGUUUUGAGAUAUAACUGAAUUUGACUUCUGGAAUGAGUCUUUCUUCUAUUCUAAGUUUAAACCAUGACCAUGGUGCCAUUUCUUCUCUCAAUAUUUAGGUCAUGUCUUCAGUCAGAGAAAUUGAUGAAGACUUAUCACAAGUAUGCAGUUGUAUAAUAUUGUGAAAGAAUAGCCCAACCAUGAAAAUAAACAAAAAUUGACAGAA